AUGGUAGCAGUAAAGUACAAUUAUGAAAGGAAAAAAAAGGAAGAAUUUUUUUAUUCAUUUCAAUAAGAAUAGUGGGAAUGGAUUAUUCGAAAGGCUAUUUCAAAUACUAUUAUUUUAAUGCGUUAUGAUUAGAAAUAAGAUUAGAUAAGAUUAGUCAAACAAAGUAUCAGAUCCUAAUAAAUUCAUGGUAUUAAUGGAUGUUAUGAUUUAAGAUAAUUUUUGAGAAAUGUAAGUAAUUUUUAUUCUAUAUCUAGUUAAUUUUUGCAAAUUCAACAUAUUAACAUCAAUCUUGUGAUCAAGCAAAUAAUUUAGAAUAAUAUGUAAGAAAUAUGCUUACUGAAAAAAGAACUAAUUUUCUUGAAAAAUAAGAAAAGUAAAAGUAUUUUAUUGAUUAAAUUAACAAAAUCUUUUAUAAGGUUAAAUUAACUAAAUGUAUUUUAAAUAAUGAAGUUUAAUGCUUACUUAUUUUAGAUAAAAUAUAAAUUCCAGAUUAAAAAAGUUAAGACAUGCUCAUUAUAUUUUUAUAAGAAUUAUCUAAAAAUGUAUCAUAAUUAAUAAAAGAUCAAUUUUAUUGUUCUACUAUGCAAUUUAAUUAAAACAAAUCUCAAUCAACAAAAAAAUAAAUAGAUAAAUUAGAUAAAAGACUACUGAAUUAUGCAUAUUUAUAAAUGACUUUAUUUAAUCUAUCCUUUUUGACUCAAGAAUACAAGUAUGAUAUCAAAUCAAGUAUUAAUAAUAAAGAUUUAAUUGCAUAAUUAUAAUCCUUAUUCAGAAAUAAGGUUAAAAUAUCUUGUCAAUUUGAAUUUAAAUGUAAUGCUUAGAUAUUUAUAUCUAUUAUUUUAUGUUGUUGUAAAUUUGUUAAUUUUAUAGAAAACUAUUUACCAAAUUUUAACAUAGACUUUUUAUAAACUAAAAAUACUAUGAUUGAAAUGAACUUAAUAUUUGUUUUAAAACGAAUAAAUAAAGUUGCAUCUUCAUAUUCAAUAUUGGCAGCAAAUUGGGCUAGUUCAAAUAAAAGGUAAUUUAAUCAAAAGUCACUUUUUGAAGCUUGUAUCAAUAGACUAUGCUUUUUAUAAUCUUUUUAUGAAUUCCCAAAACUUCUUCUUUUUGAUGUAAGCACAAUUCAAAUUUUGAUGUCUUAAUUUUGUACGCUUAAUCAUUUUUUAAUAUAAUAGAAUGAAUAUACUUUAAAAUUAGUUUGCACAUUCUAAAAAUUAUAUUGA